CUAUUAGUCCUUUAGAAAACUUCUUGGAGUAGAGACCCAUCGAAAAAGCUCUCCAUAUUAUUUUUUUUCUUUUCAAAAAGUACAUUUUUCUGUGAUAACAACGCCAAUCCAAUGUUUUGGAUUCAAAAACAAAAAUUCUAGUUUUGGAAAUAUCAAAAAGAUUGGAUUUUUUUUUUAAAUAAUGUGAUAAUUAGUGCAACUAAACGCUAUAACCAAAAAAAUCUACAAAAAUACCAGUGUUAAUUUGUUACGAACAAUAUUUGUUAAAUGAAAGAAACUAUAUAAUUAAUUGAUACCUCAAGAUAAUAAAAACGUAAACGACUUUAUAUUCCCUCAAUUGAAAGAAAAAAAAAAAAACAUCAAAAGAAAUCUGAAUAAAAAACAUUUAAUUUUUUUUUAAUUAACACCAGCAAAACGAAUUCUCCAUAAAAAGAAAACAUGAAAAUCAAACGUGAAAAUCACGAUGAUGGUCCCCACUCAGAGAAACGUAGCCGACACGGUGAUGAUCAAGUUCGCAUCUUGAUACCCAGUAAUAUUGCCGGUGCUAUUAUAGGCAAAGGAGGCCAACACAUUCAAAAAAUGCGCACACAGUAUAAUGCCACUGUGUCUGUCGACGAUUCCCAAGGCCCCGAACGAACAAUUUUGAUAUCAGCCGAAUUGGAUGAUACCAUCUCAAUUAUCACGGAAAUGAUGAAAUACUAUGAAGAGCGUGAUUGUGAAUACGAUGUGCGUCUACUCAUUCAUCAGAGUUUGGCCGGAUGUAUCAUCGGCAAGGGUGGCCAAAAAAUCAAAGAAAUUCGUGAUAAAAUUGGCUGUCGCAUUCUGAAGGUCUUCUCCAAUGUGGCACCGCAGAGUACAGACCGUGUUGUCCAGACGGUGGGCAAACAAAAUGAGGUUAUUGAUGCCAUACGCGAGGUUAUUACGCUGACACGAGAAACACCCAUCAAAGGUCCCGUCCACAACUAUGAUCCCCUGAAUUAUGAUCGCAUGUAUGCCGAUGAAUAUGGCGGUUAUGGCAAUAUUCCCGGCAGCAGUCGUCCCUCCAGAGAUGGUGGUCGUCGUGGAGGCGGUGGUGAUGAUAGGGAUUAUGGCCGUGGUGGUGGUGGACGUCAUGAUGAUCGUAGCCGCAGUGGUGGCCGGCGCGAUAAUCCAUUUGUAAAUCCAUGGGCCGCGGAUGAUGGUGGUUACAAUGGAGGCGGUGGAAGUGCUGGUUAUGGUGCUGGCGGAGCGGCCGGUUAUGGUGGCAGCAGUGCUGGCGGUUUUGGCAAUAGCUUUGGUGGCGGUGGUGGAGGUUUUGGUAAUGCUGCAGGUGGUCCCAUGCCGGUUAAUAACUAUGGUGGAGGUGGCUAUGGCAGCCAGGGUGGUUUUGGUGCAGGCAAUGCUGCUGCUGGUUAUGGUGGUGGCGGCUUUGGUGCUCCCGCAAAUCAAGGAUAUGGCGGCGGUGGUGGCGGCAUGAAUCAGGCAGGUUUUGCUGGCGGUCCAGCCAUGGGUAAUGGCAUGGGAGGUGGACCUGCCCCCGUGUUUGGCGCCAAUGGUAAUGUACCCAAUAACAUUACCGGUACUCUACCCGAGGGACAUGAUCCAAAGAAUAGUACACAGGUUUCCAUACCAAAAGAGAUGGCCGGUGCUAUUAUCGGUAAGGGUGGCAGUCGUAUACGUCGCAUACGUAACGAAUCGGGUGCUUAUAUAACAAUUGAUGAACCCCUACCUGGUUCUACAGAUCGUAUUAUUACCAUUUCUGGUAAUCCCAAACAAAUACAAAUGGCCCAACAUUUGUUACAGCAAAGUGUCCAUGAAAAUCAACGUAAAAACUUCUAAGCAACACUUUUGAAAUUCCUUAAUAUAAACAAAUAAGCAAAACAAACAACAAAACAAGAAAAAAUAAUUAUAUUUUUAAAAAUUAUAUAUAUAUUAAGUAAGAGCUCCACCAAAAUAUUCUAUAAAUGUCCCCCUCCCUUCCUAACUACCCCUUUAACCUUCACGAAAGAAACUCUUAAUUGGAAGAAAUUCAGAAAGAAGAAACAAAUACGAAAUUCUCCCUCCAGCACUUCAACAAGUUCCAGCAUCCAUCAUCUUCUAGCCAGCCACACAUCGCCACAUUACAAAGUUACAUGGAGGUAUUCGAUUGAACCAAACCUACAAACUACGCUAAUUGUAAGGAUCACAACUAAAGGAAUUUAUUGAAAAGGAAUCGAUAAUUAACAACUACUUAUACACAUAAUUAUAUAAAAAGUUCAAAGAGCCAAAAUAAAUUCUGCAUAAAUCAAAAGCAGAUUAGCCAAAAACAACAAACAAUUUGAGAGCAUCUGUUUCUUCCUUUCAAAAAAAAAAAAAAAAAAAAAAACAAAAUUAAACAAACCAUUUAAAAGUUUGAUACUUUAUUUACUUCUUUCUAAGUUUAAGUUUAAAUAUACACAUAUAUUUUAAUCAUUAAAAAAUCACAAAACAAACACAAAAUAAUUUCCGCUUUCUUGUGUGUAACUUGUCACCCUUUUCCCUCAAUUUUUCUUCCUUGUCCCCAUUCACAUUCAUAGGUUUUUAAGAAGACCCAAAUUUUUAAACUGUCUGUACAAAUAAAGGCAGACACUGUUGGUGCCACCCAUUAAUAAUAAUCAAUAAUAUUUUCUUGACAAAAACCCCCAUACCCCCUAACCUCUCCUUAAAUUAGUUUGUAUUAUUAUUUUUUUAAUUAAAAAAAUAAGAAUUAUACACCGAAGAAGAAGAAGAAGAAAAGUUAAGAAACAAACACCAACAAUUAUUAUUAUUAUUAAUUCAAUAAUGAAGAAGAAAAACAAAACAAAGGAAUAAAGUUCAAGUAACUUAAAACAACAAGAACCCACCAUCGUAAGAAUUGUUUCAGUAAAUACAAAAUAAUAAUUAAAAACAAAACAAAAAAAAAAAAA